UCUCCACUAACUGAAAUUUUUUUGACUCAGCCGCUGGACUGUUGCUGUGUCUAAGUUAAUCGUUUCAAAUGCAUAAUCCUGGCCUAGGAACCAGCCCUUUGCAACACAAGUAUAUAAAUCAUGAUUUUUAAUGCGUGAUUUUCAUGUACAGUCCCUUGUACAACCAUAGAGCUACAAACCCAUGGAGUUCGAACUCUUAAGACUUCAAAAGUGAAAGGAUGGUUGCCGACACUGCCCUGCGGCAAAAUCGCGCUGUUUUACGACCUUUAUCUAAACAGUAAUUGGAGCGCCUGGCUGGCCCUGUGGAGCCUGUGGGCAAUUUGUCUUCACAAGUGCGCAUGCGCAUUUCAAGACCGAUAGGAUUUUUCCAACAUGGCGGCGAAACCACAAAUGCACACUGAUGUUGACAUCGCAGAAAUUGAAGACAUUAAUUUUGAUGUUCCAGACGAUUUUUCAGACUGGUCAGACGAGGAUUUUGAUGUUAUGGUUGGCGAGGAUGUUUCUUCUGUAGUUGUCAGUGAUGACAGCGAGGGCAAAUGGUGGCACCCCGAAUGUACAGGCCUACCCGUGGACGGCCAAUGCGCUGUCUUGGAUGGCUGGCUCUGUGAAAAUUGUAGGCCCUCAACAUCAGGUAAAAAAGUUUGAUUUUGACACAAGAAGUAUAUGUUUUUAGGCCUACUAUAUGUACGACUGUUAAGAUAGAAAAAUGUUACAACUGUCAUUUUUUUCUAAGUACGUUAGGCCUAAUUUUUUUCAAUUUGGCAGACAUGAAAGACAAGACCAGCUGGAGAUAGUGCUGGAACAUCAGUUGUCCUCUAAACAAGGACUUGCAGAGGAAACGCUACCAAAAGGCGAAAGAAAAAGGAGCAAAAAAAAAGAGAAGUAUUGGAAGGUUCCUUCCAACUUCAGGAGUUGUAGCAACAUGAUGGCGGCGCAUAAUGGCCAUGAGCUUCUGCAGUUCUCCCCUCAUCCCUUGUACAACCCUCCCGAGCUGUGGUUUAUGCCCUUAUGAACAUCGGCAAACUUCAUGAAGAGCUCCUGGAAGUGUACUCUAAUGUGAGCAGCUUCACAUCGCAGUUUGUCAUGUGCUGCCAAGGGGAUAUCAUCUGUCAGGCUUUUCUCAGCCACCUCAAGGGGAACAGUGGUGUGUCAUUGAGAAAACAGCAGUUCUGAUGAUGAGAUGGUCCCUAAUGUACAUAAUGAUUUGCCUCUCAAUGAAGAAGGUUCAGUGACAACUGAAGCCAACUGUGCUGUGGAGCUGGCUUACCCAGAGGACCCUGUGUACAUGUUGUCUGAGGAUGAGAACAACCCUACACCAUGUACUUGUAUAGACAGUGACAGUCAAGCUUCUGAACAGGGAGAGUUACAGUACACUUCUGGAGAUGACACCAGCAGCAUCGGAAGUUCAGUUGAAUCGAGUGGCAACCAUGGACAUGACUGCCUGGGAUACCCUAAUCACUGCAACCGAGAAAUGGAGCCUGUUGAUCAGAUCUUUGACCACCAACAUGCUGAUGAUGAUGGGGAUGAUGAUAAGCUUGGAGAAGACGACAUGAACAAAGCAAGUCAACCCAUACUCCCAGGAUCUGAAUUGUCAGUUGGCCAAGUCGUUACAAUGAUUUUUGCAUAUGCAUUAAAGCAUUCUUUGACAAAGCUGGCAAUACAAGACCUGUUGAAAUUAAUUGAUACUAUUGUAGGCCCAAGUAAUAUUCCCGGAACACUGUUCAUGUUGAACAAAUACAUACAAAGUGCACAAGAGAAAAUCAAGGUCCAUUUUUACUGUCCUGCUUGUCUGAUUUACAUUGGAGAAUUUGCAAAUGAAGGAUUGAUAACUUGCUCUAAUUGUAAUGCACAACACUCGCGUUGUGACCUUGUCAAGGAAGGCACCUUUUUCCUUGUGAGCUCCUUAAAGUCACAGUUGACAGAAAUUUUUGAUGACAGUGUAAUUUCCCAACACUUGUCAUACAAGCAGACAAGACAAAAAUUGAGCCCCAACAACAUUGAGGACAUUUUUGAUGGAAGGGUCUAUAAAUCUGUGCCAAAACUUAGGAGCGUCAACAAUAUAUCGAUGAUGUGGAAUACCAAUGGUGUUCCUGUAUUCAAAUCUUCAAAAGUGUCAAUGUGGCCGAUCCAGUGUAUUAUUAAUGAGUUGCCCCCUACGUUAAGGAAAGAAAACUUACUGCUGUGCGGUCUGUGGUUUGGAGAAGGCAAGCCAGACCCGACCGCAUUCCUCAAACCAUUCACCGAUGAGUGUAAUGAUUUGGCAGAAAAUGGUUUCUCAUGGAAAGACCAAGAAUCUGGCGCUCAGAAGACAUCUAAAGUGUUUACGCUUAUUUGUACAUGUGAUUCUGUAGCAAGGUGUGCAUUGCAAAACCUGAAACAGUUCAAUGGAAAAUUUGGUUGUUCGUGGUGCUUACAAGAAGGUCAACGUGUGGAAAAGGGUAGAGGUUUUGUUCAGGUGUAUCCGUACUUAAGAGACCCUGCACAGGAGAGAAAUGUAGUGAAUACUGUGCAAAGUGCUGAAGAUGCUGUCCGUGUCAAGGAGCCGGUAAAUGGGGUAAAAGGACCAUCAAUUCUGAUGUUGUUAACAGCAUUUGAUAUAAUCAAUGGAUUUCCCGUGGAUUACCUCCACAAUAGUCUUCUGGGGGUAACAAGGUAUUUUGGAAGUUUGUGGCUUGAUUCCAAAAAUCAUGAUGCAGAAUACUAUGUAGGUAAUGAAACAUCUAAAAUAGAUGAGAAAUUGACAAGCAUCAAGCCGCCAAAUAAUUUGAGCCGAGCACCAAGAUCCAUAACCAUCAUGGUGAUCCCAUGGUGGCAGAACAGUGACCCAUGAAGGCACCAUGACUGGUCAUGGUGUUUUCAGAUUUUUCCCAUGGUGAUACCAUGGGGCAUCAUGGUGUGUAUAUAAACCACCAUGACAGCCCCAUUGUUUCCCAUGAGAGCCCAUGGGAGCCCCAUGGGGAUGCCAUGGGAUCGCCAUGGGAGAUUUUUGUAAGGGAAAGAACGAGGAUACUGGGCUGCGGAGCGUUCUAUUGUGUUGUUCAAACCUCUUUUAUUUUCCACCAACGAACAAAUAGCACUCUGAAGUGGUGCAGAAGUAAAAAAUUCCAACCUUAUUACAUUGACUGAAAACGCACACGUUCGACUGAAGUUGUUUUUUUUUCAAACUCCCUGCACAAUUUUACAAUUGAUUAAACAACCUUACCAUUUGAAAUACGAAAUUACACAUUCUUGGACCAAUUUCAUCAAGUAAAUUCCCCUCCAGUCAAUUUCUUUGCACAUCUUUGUAAUCAUUUAUAAGCACCUAAUGAGUUUUUCUGUAUAAUUUGUUUUACAACUAGAAAGCAAAACCCAAAAGUACGGUGCAGGGUCUUAAUAGAACAUUUAUUCAUAUAUGCAAAUUUAUGCUGAUGUCACAGAACAUUUUAAUAAAUGAAUACGAAUUUCAGUCUUGUGGAACUUACUGGGAAUUGCUAUUAAAUGUUUGAGUACAGUUAGAAACUGAAGUUCAGCCUGGUUUGUAUACUGGACACAUGUAUCAUGUAAAUGGGCCUACUUGUAAACAUUUCAUACACGUGAAUUUUGCUGUGCUUGGAAUUCCUUUUUCUUUACUUUGUUGACCAGGACUAAUGUUUUCCAGCAUUUUGUAAAUAUGGUAACACAGAGUUAAUUUCAGUCCAAAAAUAUGUGAUAUUAUAGAUUUGUCUCAGUGAGAGAGUUUGAAGAAAUCAGCCUCUAAUUGAGAGCCAUAAGUGCCAGUGUGGGAAAGCUGUGUCAUUUCAAGAGAAAAGGAUGAGUGAAUUUUUUCAUGGAUUCUUGUUGGGCUGAACUGUUGAUUUGUUUACAUGUGAGUUGCCAUUACAAAGUAUGUCACUUUGAAUAAGUAAAAGCUAAACUCGUGUUUUCUGGUGUCUUCAUGAGUUUUAUACUGCUAUUUCAUUAUUACUGUAGACAAACUUUCGAUAUACAUCGGUCGGGGAACACAAAGUAAAUUGUCUUCCUUUACUUAGAUAACAUUUUAAUUAAAUUGAUUCAUGAUUAGUUUUUUGGUAUCGAUCUAGGUUUACUUCUGAGUAAUGUUUCCUGAAAACAUCCUUGCCACUCUGUGAGUCUUUUACCUACAAGUUGACUUGGGGGACUUCUUCCAUCCCUGUGCCUUGAGAAAUUGCAUAUUGUUUAAACAAUAGUAGUACAAAUGAAAUCUCCUGAAACGUUAUAUUUUUUAUUGUUUAUACAUCCUUUUAGGGUAACAGCUGGUCCAAGUAUAAAAUAGGUAUAUUUUUUUUUAAAAUUUUGUCUCUAUUUGCAAUAAAGUUGCUAAUAAA